AUGGUUCUCUUCAAGCGCAAGCCCGUCAAAUACGAAUCCCUACCGAAGAACCUCGACGAUAGCACUGAGGUGUGGCAUAUUGAACAGACUGGAGAGGUCUUCACAGACUAUGAGAGGUUUCUUGAGCGGUACGACUUCUACCAACAGCGGAGCUUCACGUGCCAGGCAACGGGUCAUUCAGGCUACAAUUAUUUCGAGGCCCAGGAGAGCGAGGUAGGCUCCACGUCAAUGCUCGUCAAGGCCGAUGAGGAGGUAACAUCCGUGCAGACGGAAGCCACCAAAGAGAUAAACAGCAUCUUCCCGGAUGUCUUAAGAUCUCCUGUUCUUCACUAUGUCCAGUUCCAAGAUCAUCAUCGAAUGGAUGAUCUAGUGAAUGAUGUUUACGAUCAUUUCAAGGAGCAAUUCAUGCUGGGUGAUCGGGUUUCUGUCGAAGGCGAUCACUCGCGCCGCUUUGGCAAAAUUACUGAAAUCACGGACAAUAGCCGACUACACAGCAUGUUCACUGGCCAAUCGAUGGAUGACAGCAUCCGGUCUUACACCUAUAUCAUCACAAUGGAAGAUGGCGGUGAAACCGUCACCAAGUACAAGGCCUCGGAACUCCAGCGGGAUCGGAAAACCUACUCCAAGCUCAUCCUAAAGGCCUUUCUCCGCAAUGCGCUUAAGCGUGAGUCAUGGAUCGGUGCACCGUGGAUGGUCAAGGACAGUUUAGCAAAGCGAUACGACAUCCCAACUAAACUCCCUGACAAGAAAACCAGGGAGGCCCUACUAGCUGCUAAGAGAGCUGCCAAUUGUGUACCCAAUGGCGUGACCCAACCUGUCCAACAGCAAUACCCGCAGCAGAUGCCAAACGGUCCUGGUCCACAUAUAAAUGGUCAUAGGCCGCCUUUGCCACCUGGGCAAGGUCAGCCAGCCUUCGUCAACUUCUCCGCCAGUGGCCCUCCACCCUACGCACAGCAGCAAGGCGUCAUGCCUACAUGGGCAGCUGCCAAUGCUCCUAAUCGACCAGCAUAUUUCAUCAACGGCCCACCAAUCUACAACAGUGGACCUCCGCCGAUUGCGAAUGUUCCGCCGCCGCCACAUCUCUUGGCUCAACUACAACCUCACCUUGCUGCGCAGUUGAUGCAGAUGCCUCCCAUUGGCCAUGGCCCGCCCAUCAACUUCCCGUUCCAGACCAGCUUCAACCAUCAUCAAGGUCCCCAUCCGACGAACCUUCCACAGCCUCAACUGGCACCUCCACCGCCCCGUCCUGUUGAGUAUAUAAAGUAUCCAUGCGAAGAUCUAGAGAUCAAGCAACCUCGUCUACAAGUCAACCGGCCGCCGCUAAAGUUCUUCUCCGACGACGUUCCUGAGGGAGUUGAGCCACCUGCGGAGGAGAAGAAGACGGGUAUCUUAAUGAAGAGUAUCGGCCCACUACUCUGUAUCUGGGAGACUCUCAACGUCCACGACACUAUCUACAUGCUAGACUCGUUCACUUUUGAUGACUUUGUUGAUGCUAUGCGAUUCUCGCACGAGACUGUCGAGUGUGAGUUGUUUGUAGAGAUGCAUUGUGCAAUCCUAAAGCAAAUUGUCAACGACUCCGGCAAGAUCCAGACCUCUCUGCCCAACCUGGCCGACGAAGACUCAUCAGACGAAGACUCAAGCGAGGAGUCAACGCCCACCCCUGAGCCUGAACCACCAGUCCGAACUACUCGUAGUAGCUUAAGGAAGUCGGGCGCAGCGCAACUUGUGGCGAAGCCACGUACACCAACACCUGAGCCUCCAAGGGAACUCCACAAGGCUGAGGAGUUCGUCAAUAAUUUCGACUGGGUUGAGCAAUGCAAGAUCCGCAAUUUCGCUGACGGAGGAUGGCAAGCAAUCGUCGUCGCACUCCUCUAUCGCCUAUCAUUCGACUCUACCAGGAAGGAAGCCUGCGACGAAGUUCUUGCCGAGCUGUGCCCACCAGAUGAGGAGCCUACCAUCACCACCAUCGCCAACAAUUACGUCGAGCUUGACGUUAAUCUCCGCAUCUCGGCACUUGACAUGAUCCUAAGCUUGACAGUCGUCACUGAGAACUUCCGCGAUCAGCUUGUCGCUGCCGCCCAGGAGAUGACCCGUCUGCGCAAGGAAAAAAUUGAGUACCAACGCAAACGCAAAGAGCUGGCCGAUGAGCUGUUCAAGUUAGAUUUGGAACGUAAAAUUCACCUCCCAGCCAACACACCUGCCUCGCCUACGGAUACCAAGAUGACCGAGGAUGUUGACGUGUCUAUGACCAGUGUCAACGAUGAUUCUAAAGAAGCAGCUGAUGCUGAAGCAAACGGUGGCGAGGAGGUGACAGCCUCCAAGAGCAGGACCCGCCCGGCUAACAAGAAUAAGCGCAAGGCAGCUGCUGAGGAAGCCCGUAAGGAGAAGGCUAAGAAGGCCAAGGCGGAAGCAGAGAAAACCAAGAAGCAGAAGGAGUGGGAGAAGCUACUGCAAGCGAUCGAGAAGAAGAAAGACGAGCUCAAAGAUUGCGAGGACAACAUCAACGAGCUUGACGAUGAUCUGCGCGAGACUCUUGUACAUCGUAGCAAGAUUCUUGGCAAGGAUCGGUUCUUGAACAAGUACUACUGGUUUGAGCACAACGGUAUGCCCUUCGGCGGUGUUCCCAAUAGCUCUACUGCCGCAUAUGGGUAUGCCAAUGGACGCAUCUGGGUACAGGGACCGAGCGAGCACGAACUUGGACCGAACCUAGAGGAGCCUGCCCUCUCCCAAGACAUGCAGCGUUUUGGAUACACUAUCCCGCAGCGCAAGGAGCGUGAAGAAGGCUCGACCCACCUAUCAAACUCCAAUCAGUGGGCGUACUACGACGACCCAGAAGACAUUGACAAGUUGCUUGCGUGGCUCGAUGAGCGCGGUCAUCGAGAGCGUGUUUUGCGUAAGGAACUUCAAGCGUUCCGUGACCGUAUUGCUGAGUACAUGCUCAAGAUGCGGAAGCAUCUGGAGGACUCUAGCAAACCCCAGGAGGAUGACGAAGAUGACAAUAAGACUCGAGUGUCGACGCGGAACAAGACCCACGCCGACAAGGAUGUCCCCAAGGAUCGCUGCUUGCUCUGGACCAACAGCAUCAUGCGCGAGGAGUCCGGCCAUAACCACAUCGAGGAGUACGAACCACCGAAGAAGGGCAAGGCGAAGGCCGUGAAGGUGACCAAGGCCAAGGGUCGAGGACGCUAA